ACAGUAAACAGGAAGUGGAUUUUUCAUAGCAUUGAGUUGAGGAAGGCGGGGGAUUCCUGAGGGACGCUUUCACCUCCCGCCGUUUACUGCCGCUCUCCGUUCUUCUCCACUUCCUCCUCCCGGCCCAGAGGAACUCUGCCUGGGGCUGCCAGCUCUGCGCGCCGAAUCAUGGCCGAAUACUCCUAUGUGAAGUCCACCAAACUCGUGCUCAAGGGAACUAAGGCCAAGAGUAAAAAGAAGAAGAGCAAAGAUAAGAAGAGAAAACGAGAAGAAGAUGAGGAGACCCAGCUUGAUAUUGUGGGAAUCUGGUGGACUGUAUCCAACUUUGGGGAGAUUUCAGGAACCAUUGCCAUUGAGAUGGAUAAAGGAGCCUAUGUCCAUGCCCUGGACAAUGGCCUUUUUACACUGGGAGCGCCGCACAGAGAAGUUGAUGAGGGCCCCAGUCCUCCAGAGCAGUUUACUGCUGUCAAACUGUCUGAUUCCAGGAUUGCCCUGAAAUCUGGCUAUGGAAAAUAUCUUGGUAUAAAUUCAGAUGGACUUGUUGUUGGGCGGUCGGAUGCAAUUGGGCCAAGAGAACAAUGGGAACCAGUGUUUCAAGAUGGGAAAAUGGCUUUAUUGGCCUCAAAUAGCUGCUUUAUUAGAUGUAAUGAGGCAGGUGAUAUAGAAGCAAAGAAUAAAACAGCAGGAGAAGAAGAAAUGAUAAAGAUUAGAUCCUGUGCUGAAAGAGAAACCAAGAAGAAAGAUGACAUCCCAGAAGAGGACAAAGGAAAUGUGAAGCAGUGUGAAAUCAACUAUGUAAAGAAAUUUCAGAGCUUCCAAGACCACAAACUCAAAAUAAGCAAAGAAGAUAGUAAAAUUCUUAAAAAGGCUCGGAAAGAUGGGUUUUUGCAUGAGACUCUUCUGGACAGGAGAGCCAAAUUGAAAGCUGACCGAUACUGCAAGUGACAGACGUUUUUGUGUUGCUUUGUUUUUUUGGGGUUUUUUUUUUUGGGGGGGGGUUGUUU